UUAUCCCUCCAUAUGUAAGAAUAUAUGUAUAAUGCGUAUUUAAAAUGGCGCCAAAGUUCCCCACUCACAUCACUCGUAAUUGAGCAAACCGUUUCGAGAUUGUCCCAUAGUGGAGCUAGAAGCUGUUUUUUUUUCCGAGAGGGCUGUGACUGAAUCGAGGAAACAAACGUGAAAUUGAAAUUUAAAAUAAUACGGGGCACGUGGCUUAAAACAAAAUUAUUUUACAUUUGUCGAUAAUAUCUGAUAAUAAUAUUCCGACAAAAUAAAAGGGGGAAAAACGCAAGUUAUGAUUGACGAAAAUAGACUUACAAAACAGAAUGAGAACGAUAAUCUGGAAGAGAUAAUUAAUGAGCAAUUCGAGAAACUUCUGGAACUCAACAGCGCCACAGUGUUAAUAAAAGGCAAGCAAAAUAUAAAGGAUGAACUUCAGAGAGUACGCGAGGAAGUAUCGCAACUUGGAUGUGGCAUCAACGAAAUGAAAAAUCAGUUGAAAAGAAUGAGAGAACAGAAUUGUCGUUCAAGGGAAUUAUUGAAGUUAGUGGAAACUUUGGACAAAAGAAUUCUCCACCAAGAAAAGAAUGUUCCACCCGAGCUCAUACAAGGCUACCAGAAUGCAAAAGUCUCUCCUAAUAUGUUAGGGUGUACUGUAAAUUCAACGCACCAACUGUCGGAACAAAUGCAGAGUAGCACCAAAAGGAUUGAAAAGCAAGAAAUUGUGAAAGAUUGUAAAAGAACGCUUUUCAACGAACCAGAAAUAUGUCCAACAAUAUCAUUUAUCACUGAAGAAGAAUUAAAUAAAGUACCCAAGUAUAUGAUCGGGAGGCAAACAAGUAAUACCUUGGAGACAAUUAAUAACUUUAUAAGUGGUAUAAAUCAGACACUAAUUGCGAAAUAUACGAUUUUAUCGUUGGGGAAGGCUGCCGCUCAAAAAAAGGGUGAAAUUAAUCUGUAUUUACAUUAUAAAAAGCAGGAACUCGAUAUCCAAGAAGAAAAUCGCUACCUCUACUUUUUCACAGCUGAGGAUUAUUACAGACAAACGAAAACAAAGAUUGAUAAGACCAAGUUAAACUUGAUACCUGCAUUACGCCAUUGGGGGCGUUUACGAGAAUGCAGGGUUAAAAAUGAAUUAUUCUAUGUUAUAUUAAUUAAUAAUUAAUUGAUGAUAAUGAACGCCACAUUAAUUAAUAAUUAAUUAAUGAUCUUCUGAGAGUGCCUUUUUAAUGUUUCUGUAUAUAAAAGAAUAUAUUCUAAUACUGAUAUUACUAACACAGUUAGAAUCUUAGAAUAUACGGAAAUAAAAUGUAUAAAAUAAUUACAGUAUUUUUUAAAAUA